AUGGGCGCCUCCCAGCUCCACCCCUUCGACACUCUGACGCCUGGAGAGAUCCAGCUAGGAGCUGUUAUCCUCAGGAAGGCCUUCCCUGGUGUUGCUCUGCGAUUUAAACGUAUCGAUGUGCUUGAGCCUAUCAAGAAGGAUGUUGUUCCUUACCUUGAGGCCGAGCGCCUCGGCCAGCCCCUCCCUACUAAGCCUGCUCGACUUCUCUUCUCUUACUUCCACCGUCUAGACACACUGGGCUUCUUCAAAGCUGUUCUCAAUGUCGAGACUAGGCGCCCCGUCUACAUCAAGGAACUCCCCAAGGAUGUCCAGGGCCCUGCCGAUGUAGAUGAACUCAUCGAGAUUGAAGAAGCAUGUAUGAAACACCCGUCUGUGCUUGCUGAAAUCGAGAAGAUGCAGCUUCCGGCUGGAUACACUGUUUGCAACGACCCUUGGAUCUACGGUACUGACAGUGCCACCGAAACUCGCCGUCUCGCCCAGUGCUACAUGUACAUUAUUGAAGUCGACCAUCCCCAGUCUAACCACUACUCUCUUCCCUGCACUUUCUCCCCUGUAUUUGAUCAGGUCACCAAGGAGCUUGUACGCAUCGACUAUCUCCCUACCGGCAAGGACGCCAAAACCCAGCCAACCCAGCCCUGGAAACCGGUCAAGUGUGUCCAGUACGCUCACGACUUGCUGGAUGAGCCCACACGUACCGACCUGAAGCCUUAUAUUGUGCGCCAGCCCGAGGGCCCCUCAUUUAGUGCUGAGGGCCAGGAGGUUAGCUGGCAAAAGUGGAAGUUCCGCGUUGGAUUCAACAACCGUGAUGGUCUUAUCAUUUACAAUGCCACCUUUGAUGGCCGUCAAACCUUUUACCGUCUAUCCAUGUCUGAGAUGACUGUCCCGUACGGAGACCCCCGAAAGCCCUACCACCGUAAGCAGGCUUUUGAUGCUGGUGAUGUGGGUUUCGGCAUUACCGCCAACCAACUCGCCCUGGGAUGCGACUGCCUGGGCCACAUCAAGUACUUUGAUGGGUACAGGUGUGAUUCCCGCGGUAAUCCUGUUCUGCUGAAGAAUGUUAUCUGCAUGCAUGAGCAAGAUAACGGACUUCAGCAUAAGCACAGCAACUACCGCAACAACGAGGCCACAGUUGUGCGCAACCGUGAGCUCGUGCUGCAAAUGAUCUGCACUGUCUCCAACUACGAGUAUGUCCUCGCCUGGAUCUUUGAUCAGGCUGGUAACAUUGAACACGAGGUCCGUGCUACUGGUAUUCUCUCCACCAUGCCUAUCGACAAUAACGGCACCACGGUUCCUUGGGGAACAAUUGUUGGCCCUGGUGUGAUGGCUGCUUACCACCAACACGUAUUUUCUGUCCGAAUUGAUCCCGCCAUCGAUGGGCACAAUAAUACGGUCUUCUACGAGGACAGUGUUCCGAUUCCUGUUGACGAGCUGAACCCUUACGGCAUGGGCUACACCACCGAGAAGACCAUCGUCAAGCAGGCAGGUUUUGCUGACCUUAGCGUGGAGAGAAACCGCACUUUCAAAAUCCGCAAUGACAGCAAAAUCAACCCCAUCUCGCUCAAGCCCAUUGCUUAUAAGCUCCAUGCCGCUCCUAGCCAGAUGCUGCUUAUGAGCGCUGACUCCUUUGCCCGUAAGCGAGCUGCCUUCAGCGAGCACGCUGUCUGGGUCACCCGCUAUAAGGACGAUGAGCUCUAUGCGGCUGGUGAAUUUACCAACCAGAGCCGUAGUGACACUGGUCUCUCCGUCUGGGCUGCGCGUGGCGAUGACACCGAGAACACGGAUAUCGUGCUCUGGCACACGUUCGGUCUCACUCACAAUCCACGCCCUGAAGACUUCCCUGUCAUGCCUGCCGAGCGUAUCAGUGUCAUGCUGAAGCCUGAUGGCUUCUUCACGAAGAACCCUGCUCUUGAUGUCCCUGCUAGCAAUCAGACCUUUAACAGGUCGACACUUCAUGAGGAGAGCAGGGCUUCUUGCUGUGGUCCUACGGCUAAUCUGUAG